CCACCCAACCAACAACUCAACACCAACUUUGUCCAAAGACUGAAAACUAGUAAGCGAACACUAGAAACAAACACAGACACACUCUUGCUAUCUCCGCCAUCUUCCCUCUUUCUUUACCUCCAUUUCCAUCAAAAUCUUCACCCACCCAAUUUCUCAAAUACCCCCAAAAAUCCCAAUUUCUCAAACCCCCAAAAAACAACCAUUUUUCCAAACUCAAAAAUGGCUUCUUCAACUCUCUCUCAUUCCCUCAUUUCUCACUCUCAUAUCUCAUCCAAUCAAACCCCUCCUAAAACCAUCUCCAUUUCAUCCUUCAAUCAAUUAUCUUUUUCAAGAUCCCAAUUGAAAUCAAGAUUUAUCACUAAAUGCACUUCAAGUGCUAGUAGUGAUAGUAAUACUUCAAAAGAUGAAACCCCAAUUGAACUUAGGUUUCCUGCUUAUCCUACUGUUGUUGAUAUUAAUCAGAUUCGUGAGAUUUUGCCACACAGAUUUCCAUUUCUUUUAGUGGACAGGGUGAUUGAGUAUAAUCCAGGAGUUUCAGCGGUUGGGAUCAAGAAUGUGACCAUAAAUGACAACUUUUUUCCUGGUCAUUUUCCCGAUAGACCAAUUAUGCCUGGUGUUCUUAUGGUUGAGGCAAUGGCACAAGUUGGUGGUUUGGUAAUGCUGCAACCAGAAGUUGGCGGGUCUCGUGACAGUUUCUUCUUUGCUGGAAUUGACAAAGUCAGGUUCAGAAAACCGGUGAUCGCUGGAGACACUUUGGUCAUGAGAAUGACACUCACCAAACUUCAAAAACGCUUUGGAAUCGCAAAGAUGGACGGGAAGGCGUAUGUUGGAGGCGAGGUUGUCUGUGAGGGUGAGUUCUUGAUGGCAAUGGGUAACACUGACUGAUAAUGUUCUUCUCUGUAAUAUUGCUUAAUGAGGUUCUGCAUAUUUUUAACUUUUCGUUCAAUUUGAGCUUUUUUCUUGAUUGAUAGCGAGUAAAGACAGAUUCUUGUAAGGUCCUGUUCUUAAUUUGAUCUUUGAUGCGAGGAUUAAUCUUUGAUCUUUUUGGAAGUAAUGAAGAUUGGUUGUAUUGUGGA